GUUUUUCUCUGAGUGAUGUCCAGAAAUGUGCACAGCGUGGCUUUAACAUUGGUGCAAAUAUUUACAGUGUCUAUCUGAGUCUUGGAAUAACUGAUGCCAGCUGUAAAUCCCUUCUAAAAGAGAUUGGAGACAGCACCUCCAAAAAACAGUAUGUGGAAGACUUCAUUGUCCUCGUUCAUGGAGGAGCAAGUGAACACAUUGCUGCAUUGGCUUACAAAGACCUGCCAACAGCUGCGCUCAUGCAGGAGUGGGGAGAUGCUGUACAGUACAACCCUGAAAUCAUAAAGCUUAAGGCAGAGCCGCUGUAUCAGCUGGUGACUCCAACUGACUUGCCCAACGCAAUCACAGUGAAAGAAAACCUGCGACGGGCUCUUGAUGAGUUUCAGAUGGAGACGAGUUCUUGUCGCUGUGCUCCCUGCCACAGCAAUGGCAUCCCCCUUCUACAAGGAACCAAGUGUGAAUGCUUGUGUCCCCUUGGCUACAGUGGCACUGCCUGUGAGAUAAACGAGAGGAAAGAUGCUGCCAUUAGUGGAAGCUGGGGUUGCUGGGCCAGCUGGUCUCCAUGUUCAGGAGGACAACGAACAAGGAGACGACAGUGCAACAACCCUGCCCCACAGAAUGGGGGUUCACCGUGCUCAGGGCCAGAUGCUGAGACAGUUACUUGCUAG